CCAAGACUCUGUCUAUUCUGAGAGCGACUAUGGCGCUGCACGGCUAUAGGCCUGGUUAUUGGUAUCACCAGGCCUGGUGGAAACCCAUGUCUGGGGAAGGGCCCUGGAUCACUGUCAUGCUCAACUACGAUGGGGGUGAUGAAGUGAGGAUGAAGACUAAUGUUGAAAGGGCUAAAGAGGUGGAGAUGAGGACUUAUGGAAAACUGCAGGAUGCGAUCACAGAGGCGAAAGACCGUGCGGAGAGGCGUUGCAGGAGGGAUGGAGUGACUGCAAGGUUGCAGGUAACGGUCUCGUAUCAUGAGACCGAAACCUCAAUGGAUACAACGGACCUGGAACAAGCCCACGUGGACAGAAACUCGGGUGGUGAGAGUGAAAUGAGCGAAGCGGGGGACCGGGAGACGGACCUCAGGUCCUGGAAUAGGCCAGGCGAGGUCCAGAGGCAUCACCGAGCCGCGAAGCCGGUGGAAGAGGGACCCGAGGCCAGCUCUCGACGGCUGACGCCCAGAGGCCGCGGGACAGGUUCUGGCCGGAAGAAGGGAACAUAUCAGUAGCAUUCGGUGGGUGACCAGAGUCACAGUUUGCACCUAGGCAUAUCAGGGUGGAAGCGCCUGAUGCUAAUUGGCAAAGAAAAAAAAAGAAAGAUGAACUUGUGUCCGGAUAGUUGAUGCAGUUCCAGGGCCAACUGAGCUGGCCUCAAAACCUUGAACUGAGGGACUGAACCAAGGGGCUGUCUAUGGCAGAAACUUUCACAGUCCUGCUCCUAUACCCGGUGAAUCAAUGGUAACCUCCAGU